AUGCAGUGUUAUUAUUGGCAUGGACAAGGGGAUCGACGAAGCGUAUUCGGAUCCCAGUUGAUGCAGUCGGCUUUUUUUCUCUGUUCGUCUCGAAACUAUCGCAUUCUUCGGCGCCAACUGAGGGAGGCUAUUAGGACCGAUAGCAAUGCGCGCUGGAGCAGGGUGGCCGAGGAGGCCGAGAGAGCAUCUACGUGUGGAGACACGCGCAAACUCUACCAGCUGCUGAAACAGGCUGGUCGGGGCGCCAUUGGACAUGGCGACACGCUUCUUUGCCGGAGAUGGAUCGAUCCCCUAACCGAAGUCGCUGAAAAGGUCAGUCGAUGGCGCGAACACUUUGACGUGCUCCUCAACCACCAGCCCCCCGCUGUCCAGUUAGACCUGCAACCUGCGGAUGGAACUUACAACUGCAGCGUUGAUCCGCCAACAAUUCAGGAGAUUCUGUCUGUCCUUCGUCAGCUGCGUAACAACAAAGCUCCCGGGGAAGAUGGGAUCCCGGCGGAAGUCUACAAGGCCCUGCCCGACAUCUUCGCUCCGUGGCUUCACAGGGUCUUCAAUGCGGUGUGGACCACGGAGACUGUUCCUGAUGACUGGGGACACGCUGUUUUGCUGCCAUUCUUUAAGAAAGGUGACAAGAAGGUGUGCUCCAACUAUCGGGGAAUCAGUCUGCUCGAUGUAGCGGCCAAAACCUUCGCAGUUCUGCUGCUGAAGCGAUUCCAGACGGCUCGAGACGCCCGCACGCGUCCCACCCAAUGUGGCUUCCGCCCGGGGAAAGGGUGUGUGGAUCAGAUCUUCAACCUGAGGCGCACACUCGAGCAGCGCUGGGCCUACCAACAACCAACGGUCCUGUGCUUCAUCGACUUCGCAGCUGCGUUCGAUUCGGUCGAUCGAGAUGCACUGGGUACUAUCGAGCUACGCGGGUGCGGGUGCGGGUCUACGGUGAGGAAUCGGAGCCCUUCGACGUCAGGUCCGGAGUCCGACAGGGAUGUGCCCUCUCACCCACCCUCUUCAACUUUGCCAUCGGCUUCAUCCUCAACACUGCCCUCCGCGGCUACUCAGGUGUGUCGGUCGGUAGAGAUGUAG